CGACUUGCGAUAAGUGUCCUCAUUCUAUUCACCAUUCAAUGAUUCAGUCCUAAAAGUUGCCAUAGAAAGUCACAGUCUGACUGUCACACGGUAUUACCAUGUCUCGGUGACGCCCCACGCGUGGUGGAGAGUAUUGGAUAGUGGAAGCUGUUUUUUGUCACUACUUAGAAGCCGCCUCCUACAGAAUGGACAGCGAGGAUGAGAGCGUGGAAGAAGUCGUGGAAGGUCCGCUGGAUGAAGAUGACCAACCUCAUGGGCAAUGCACAGUGACUUACUCAUCUAGUGAUCGCUUUGAAGGACACUUUAAACACGGAGAGAAAAAUGGGAAGGGAAAAUUCUUUUUCUUUGAUGGAAGCACCUUGGAGGGCUUCUAUGUGGAUGAUGUUCUUCAGGGUCAGGGGGUGUAUUCGUACGAAGAAGGGGGCAUCAUGUAUGGCACGUAUGUGGAUGGCGAACUCAACGGGCCAGCUCAGGAAUUGGAUCGAGAGGGUCGCCUGGUGUUCAAGGGCCAGUACAAAGACAACAUUCGCUGUGGAGAGUGCUGGGCAUACUACCCUGAUGGAGGCUGUGUGUUUGGGGAGGUGAAUGACGAAGGAGAUAUGACCGGUGAAUCAUUAGCAUACGUCUACCCUGAUAGACGUACAGCUCUACAUGGAAGUUUUGUUGAAGGAGAACUAAUUCAAGCUCGGCUCGCCACACUUACAGUUGCUGAGAACGGAAGACCAUAUUUCGAGGUCACACCUCAUGGUGCUGUUUAUACUUAUGAUAAGUCCACGUCCACUUGUAUUGCUACCCAUACUCUGCUGCCAGACCCUUACGAGAGUCAAAGGGUGUUUGUGGCAGACUCCUUGAUUAAAGGAGCUGGACAAGGUCUGUUUGCCAAGAUAGAUGCUGAAAGAGACACCGUGGUGGCCUUUUAUAAUGGAGUACGAAUCACACACUCAGAGGUAGACAACAGAGACUGGGCAUUGAACGGCAACACAAUCUCACUCGAUGAAGACACUGUGAUUGAUGUACCUCAGCCAUUUGACCAGAUAGAGAAAUAUUGUGCCUCACUUGGUCACAAAGCAAACCACUCCUUCACCCCAAACUGCAAAUAUGAUGUGUUUGUCCACCCCCGUUUUGGGUCUAUCAAAUGCAUCCGUACAUUAAGGGCCGUGCAAAAGGAUGAAGAGCUGACUGUUGCCUAUGGUUACGACCAUGGGGCGACUGGGAAGAAUGCCCCUGAGGCUCCUGACUGGUACAAGCAGGAGCUGCAUGUGUUUCAACAUGGACAAGCAGUUCCCACAGCCUAUUGAGGCUACAGAUAAACUUUUGGACAAUACAACACCCUGCUGCCUACGAUUCACUCUUUAUUCCCUGUAGCCACAUUCUGGACUAUAAAGACAGUAUAAAAGGUCGCUAUGCUGAAUAUUUAAGAAAAAGUAGUAUUUUUUUUUAGACUACCAAAUCAUUUAAAUUGAGAAAAUGAUCUAUGCAAUAUUUUUUUUAAAGUGGAAUCAUGCCAUUUCUCAAUUAUUAACUUUAUUUUUAUGUGUGGUCACAACCCUUUGGGUAGACAAAGGCAAAGAAGUUAAAGAUAUUUGGAAGCAACUUACCAAAAGCCAAAGUAAUAACUAAAAUCCAAGUAGUCAGUCAUCAAAUUACAAUGCUAUUGAAUACUAUCUAUCAGCCUUCAGCCAAUGUAAUGUGAUAAGGUAUAGAGGUGGUGGUCUGUGCAUUUGGUUCUUACGCCUAUAGUAGAGAUUGAUUUACCCGAUUUAGGACCACCACAACAAUCACAUUACAAUUACAAAUAUCAUCAAGACUAUACAAAAGUACAAUAAAACAGCAUGAAUCUGUGCCAUGUACCUGAUCAAUGCAGGUCAAAUCAAGAAAAAUGACCAGAGAUGCUAAUUAUUAAAUGGGAGGGAAAUAAAUAU